CUGAUUUCUGUUGCCGGCCCUGCCUGCCUCUGACAUGCCUGCUUCGUCUUAUCCCUGGUGGGGGGCCGCCACCUACUGAAUGAACCCCGUCAGUGUUGGGGAGUACCACGGGCUGCGGGUGGGCUCAUCCCUGCUCAGCAUUGUGGCGGGCUGCAUCAUCAUAGGGGUGUCCAGGGAGUGUGACGCUGAUGCUGUAGGAGGGAUCUUCCUGGGAGCGGGGGGCCUUGGCCUGCUCAUAUCGAUCUACCCCUUCAUAAAAGCCUGGCUGAACAUCAACCAUAUUCUUCCAUCUUUCGGAAACUUCAGAGUGCACCCCACACCUGCCAAUCCAGCUCCUGAACAACCUGCAGAUACACUGAGAAGAGAAGGGACUCAGAGUCAGCUAAAUCUGGAGCGCUCUAAGAGUCGAAUGGGAACCUUUGUGGAAGGCGGACCGAUGGCCGACACCAAUCCAGACGAGGGGACAUCAGACAUGCCAGACGUCUUAUCUAGACGGAAACUCAAGCAACCACCAGAUCAAGACCUGCCAUGAUGUCAUCACGUCGUUAUCAAUCACUUACAUAAUUUAACUUCCCCGCUAAAUCUUUUUCAAUCAUUUUCUUUCAAAUGUAGGAGUAAAUAUGUUAAUUUUAUGUGUAAUUGUUGUAUUAGUUCCACUUUUCCUGUUUACUGAGAUCGCCCCAUGAUAUAGCCCUUAUGUGGUCUAAUAAACGUCUCCAAAGACUGUGA